AUGUUAUGUGAGUGAUCGUUCCUGAUAAAGCCUGAAUCGCUUCUGAAUUCACCAACUUCUGAAUUCACCAACCAGUUGGAGGUUUCCGAGAGUAUCACAAACAGCAGCCGAUUGCAUGCUUGGCUGCCGAUCGACUGAUAUAGGUGCUUCGAAAGAACACAUCAGCUUGCACAGACUUUGCAUAAUCUCGUUCGCUCUAGCUCCGUCAAGACAUAAAACAUUCUUAUUCUUUUUCCAUAAUAUAGUAGAAUCACCAAGAGUAAAGAGUAUUCUGUCCCCACCAGGCUGUGACCAUGUUCCUUCAAGAUUUAGGUCGUCAUUUACGAACUGUUUCAACGAAUAUCAAACCAUGAUAUAUCGUAGGGCGCCAAGAUGGCCGCCACUGAUAGGUGUUUGUGUCUUUUGUACUUCAUAACUUUAAUUCACUUAUACAACCUAUACUUCUUAAACCACAAAUCCUAUACUAAAGUCGGUAAGGUCUUCUUGGAUAAAAAUUUCUUCCACAAAGUGCGACAUUCAAGACAAUUUUCACGCGAAGGUUUAGUACGAAAGUCAAUAGCGGUAUGGACGAAGCACGGUUAUCUGCUUAUAUCACCCAGAGAAUAUUCGAUCUGCCUGGAUAUUUGUAUUUGUAUGGACGUUGAAUCUAAUCCGGGCCCAUAUAACGAGAACAAUCCAGGAGCAGAAUGGAAUAGCGAGGUAGUUUGUAUACAGAAGUCUAUCAAAUAUACUAGAAGGAAUUUGUUUGACCUUAGAUCCAUUGCAUCGAAACCGGACAGUGUGGUUAUUGAUCACUUAAAGGCACUUAGACUAUUUAGAUAUCGUGGAUCACGAGCAGGAAAGAGGCGCCAUGAAAUAUCGAAUAGAGGGCAACCAAUUACCGUACUUAAUCGUGUGGGUAGCAGAAAAACAUGUCGUCCUUUAAAAGGAAUAUGUAGAGAGAAUCUGAUUCCUAUUGCCAGGAAUGCGUUGUCUAAUAAACGUAGUUCAACCUCAGAUUUUGCUGUGCCUAAAUUCCUUUUGACGAAUAUUUGUAGCCUUGUAAAAACUAAAAAUCGCGUUAGAGCGGCUGUCGCCUUGGAGUCGGACAUGAACGGGAAUGAUGUUGACAUAUGCAUUGUAUCGGAAACACAUCUCAAAGCAAACAUUCCGGACAGUUUGGUUUGUAUACCUAAUUAUAACAUUUUUAGACGGGACAGAGAUUAUUCUGGCAGGGACUUGAGAGCCAAGGGGGGAAUUGCUAUAUACGUGAGAGAGAACCUGGAUGUUGUGGAUAUCUACAAGUCGGAACUUUAUGAGUUAAUAUGUUUAACUUUGAGAUUGCCUUCAGGGCAUAUGCUCCUUGUGUGCGGUGUCUACCAUCCACCGAGACCAAGAUACCCAUCCAAUGAACUGAUGCAAUACUUAAUUAACAUAGCAGACAAUGCCCUUGAAAAACAACCUGGCAUGGCUAUUGUUAUUGGAGGAGAUGUUAAUCAAUUAAAAAUAAGUGAGCUGUGUCUAAUGACUGGAUGGGAAGCCCUUGUAGAUUUCGUAACUAGAGGUGAGGCAAUUUUAGACAAUGUGCUUACAAAUCGAUCGGAUCUGUUUGGUAAAUGCGUCCCGUAUAACAUCUCAAUUAAAACUGAUCAUACGGCUGUCAUUCUCCCCGCAGGAGUUAAACUGAAACCGGUUCGGAAACGUGUCCGUAUUCGGGACUGCAGAAAACAUCGAAAAAACGAUUUUUAUCGAGCGCUGGCUGAAGAAAAUUGGGAUAAUAUCUUAAAUGCACCUACUGUUCAGUUGGCAGUGAAUGAGUUAGAAAGGACGAUUCACAUGAAUAUGGACAAGUGUAUGCCAUUUAGAACGGUUCGCAUGUCAUCGCGUGACCCAGUAUGGAUGACGCCAUUAAUAAAAUCUUUAAUGAGAAUAAAGUCGAGAAUACCAUCUAGGAAUGUAGACCGAAUUGGUGAAAUCAAUAGGAGAAUAUUGGAAAUUAUCAGCCAAAAUAGAAGAUCACUUUUGCGUGCUCCCAUCGGAUCAGGCGAAUGGUGGAAAAAUGUGGAUUAUAUCUCACAACGUCGACGGACAUCAGCUAAUGUAAAUCUCGAUAGAAACUCACUUAUGGAACUGAACGAUUACUUUGCUAAUCUGUGCCAAGACACCUCAUAUGUGGAGCCGACUCCUAUGGAAAUUUGUGAGGAUGUGAAUGCUCCUGAGAUCUCGGAAAUACAAGUGUGGAAUAAUCUAAGGCAUUUGAAGAAAUCAGCUACUGGUCCAGACUUAAUACCAUAUUGGGUAUGGAAGGAACACGCGGAAAUAAUGACACCUAUUAUCCAUAAAAUCUGGAAUUUAUCCUUAAGAUCUAGUACUUGGCCUUCAUCGUGGAAAAGAGCAAACGUUAAUCCAUUACCCAAAGUUGAUAUGCCAAAAGACAAAACCGAAUAUCGAGGGAUCAACAUAACACCAGUGAUCGCACGCGCUUUCGAGAAAUCUGUGUAUAACACACAUACUCGUGUAUUGUUGAACAAUCUAUAA